AUGCAAAUCCCAUUAUUUUUAUGGAAAAUCUAUAAAUAUAUUGUACAUUUUUUUUCAAAAAAGUCAGAAAUAGAAAGAAUUUGUUAUGACAAUCAAAUAAAGUCAUUUGAAAAAACAAAACUUAUAGAGGAUAGCAUAGAAAAUUCAAAACAACUUAUUAAAAUAAAAACAGAAAUGGAAAACGAAUUUGACUCGGGCGAUAUUGCAAUUAAAAUUGUCGAAAUUAAAAAUUUUAAUCAAGAGGUUUUAACAUUUGAUGCAACAAUUUUACCAAAUUUAAUAUCAGCAUUAGAACCAAUUAGCUCAUAUCAAACAUUUAAAAAAGUAAUUAAAAACAAACAAAAUGAACUCUAUGAUAACAAAAAUCAAGAACAUGAGGACAUGCUAGAAUUACUUUGGCAAUCUCUUUCACCAAAUGUUAGAAGAAGCGCAAGAUUUAGUUCAGAAUGGGGUGAAUUAGGCUUUCAAGGUAAAGACCCAGCUACAGAUUUUAGAGGUAUGGGAAUUUUGGGUUUAGAGAAUUUAGUUUAUUUAUCUACAAUUCAUUCUGACAAAGCUAGAGAUGCCUUAAACAAUUCAAGAUCAAAAUGUCAAUAUCCAUUUGCCAUUACAGGAAUUAAUAUAACAGCCUUAGUUUCAAAGUUAAUGAAGAUUUCAAGUUAUAAGAUUCAUUUUUAUAAAGUUGGUUCAAAUAUCGAACAAUUUAAUGAACUUUAUGCAAGAAUUUUUAUUUCGUUUGACAGAUAUUACCAAAACAAAAACCCAGUUAAUGUUAUGAGUUUUGGUCCAAUAAUGAAGGAUUUCGAAACAUUAUUAAUGAAAGAUUUCGAAAUUAGUUCGUUGUAUGACUAA